CUGAAGAGUUUCUGGAUGGGUGGGAUGGGCAUCCUAAGAGAUCUGAGUGGUUUAGAAUAUUCCUGGCUCUUCUUUGCAGGCACAAUGGAAGGUCCUCGCUCAGACGUGGGCCGCUGGGGUGGCAACCCCUGGCAACCCCCCACCACUCCGUCGCCAGAGCCAGAGCCAGAGCCAGACAGACGCUCACGUUCCCGCCGAGGAGGAGGCCGCUCCUUCUGGGCUCGCUGCUGUGGCUGCUGCUCCUGCGGGAACAGGGCUGAUGAUGACUGGGGGCCUGAACCUUCUGGCUCCAGAAGCCGAGGGUCCAGCUCUCGGGGUGGCCGGAGACCUGAGUCUCGGGGCAGUACUGUAAAUGCAGCUGGAGAUGGCACUAUCCGAGAGGGGAUGCUGGUUGUGACUGGCGUGGAUCUGCUGUGCUCACGCUCGGACCAGAACCGACGAGAGCACCACACAGAUGAGUUUGAGUACGAUGAACUGAUCCUGCGCCGUGGGCAGCCUUUCCACAUGGUUCUCGUCCUGAACCGGGAAUAUGAGUCCUCUGAUCGCAUUGCCCUUGAACUUCUUAUCGGAAACAAUCCUGAGGUGGGCAAAGGUACCCACGUGAUCAUCCCAGUGGGCAAAGGGGGCAGCGAUGGCUGGAAGGCCCAAGUGACCAAGGCCAGUGGACACAACCUAAACCUACGCGUCCAUACCUCCCCUAAUGCCAUCAUUGGCAAAUUUCAACUUACUGUCCGCACACGCUCUGAGGCUGGGGAGUUCCAGUUGCCCUUUGACCCCCGCAAUGAGAUCUACAUCCUCUUCAACCCCUGGUGCCCAGAGGACUUAGUGUAUGUGGACCAUGAGGACUGGAGGCAAGAAUAUGUGCUUAAUGAGUCUGGAAGAAUCUACUAUGGAACUGAAGCACAGAUUGGUGAACGGACCUGGAAUUAUGGCCAGUUUGAUCAUGGGGUGCUGGAUGCCUGUUUGUACAUCCUGGAUCGGAGAGGGAUGCCAUAUGGAGGCCGUGGGGACCCAGUCAGUGUCUGCCGGGUCAUCUCAGCCAUGGUGAACUCCCUGGAUGACAAUGGAGUACUGAUUGGGAACUGGACUGGCGAUUACUCUCGAGGCACCAACCCCUCAGCAUGGGUGGGCAGCGUGGAGAUCCUGCUUAGCUACCUACGCACUGGCUAUUCUGUCCCCUAUGGCCAAUGCUGGGUCUUUGCUGGUGUUACCACCACAGUGCUGCGAUGCCUGGGCCUUGCUACUCGUACUGUCACCAACUUCAACUCUGCACAUGACACAGAUACAUCCCUUACUAUGGAUAUCUACUUUGACGAGAACAUGAAGCCACUUGAGCAUCUGAAUCAUGAUUCUGUUUGGAACUUCCAUGUGUGGAAUGACUGCUGGAUGAAGAGGCCAGAUCUGCCCUCAGGCUUUGAUGGGUGGCAAGUUGUGGAUGCCACACCCCAGGAGACCAGCAGUGGCAUCUUCUGCUGUGGUCCCUGCUCUGUGGAGUCCAUCAAGAAUGGCUUAGUCUACAUGAAGUAUGACACGCCCUUCAUUUUUGCUGAGGUGAACAGUGAUAAGGUCUACUGGCAGCGACAGGAUGAUGGCAGCUUCAAGAUUGUGUAUGUGGAGGAAAAAGCCAUUGGCACACUCAUUGUCACAAAGGCAAUCAGCUCCAACAUGCGCGAGGACAUCACCCACAUCUAUAAGCACCCAGAAGGCUCAGAAGCAGAGCGGAAGGCUGUGGAGAAGGCUGCUGCUCAUGGCAGCAAACCCAAUGUGUAUGCCACCCGGGACUCUGCUGAAGAUGUGGCCAUGCAGGUGGAAGCCCAGGACGCUGUGAUGGGUCAGGAUCUGGCCGUCUGCGUUGUGUUGAUGAAUCGGGGCAGUAGCCGCCGCACCGUAAAGCUGCACCUCUACCUCUCUGUCACCUACUACACGGGUGUCACUGGGCCUACCUUCAAGGAGACCAAGAAGGAAGUGGCACUAGCCCCAGGAGCCUCCGACUCUGUGACCAUGCCUGUGACCUACAAGGAAUACAAGCCCCACCUUGUGGACCAGGGGGCAAUGUUGCUCAAUGUCUCAGGCCAUGUCAAGGAGAGUGGGCAGGUACUAGCUAAGCAGCACACCUUCCGUUUGCGUACCCCAGACCUCUCUCUUACGUUGCUGGGAGCAGCAGUAGUUGGCCAGGAAUGUGAAGUACAGAUUGUGUUCAAGAACCCCCUGCCCAUCACCCUCACCAACGUCGUCUUCCGGCUCGAAGGUUCUGGGUUACAGAGACCCAAGGUUCUCAACGUUGGGGACAUCGGGGGUAAUGAGACCGUCACACUGCGCCAGACAUUUGUGCCUGUGCGACCAGGCCCCCGACAGCUCAUUGCCAGCCUGGACAGCCCACAGCUCUCCCAAGUACAUGGUGUCAUCCAAGUGGAUGUGGCCCCAGCCUCUGGAGGUGGAGUUUUCUCAGAUGCUGGAGGUGACAGUCGCUUAGAGGAAAGCAUACCUAUGGCAUCUCGAGGUGGAGCUUAGCCCUGAGCCAAGAGCAAUGGGACUGGAAUCAGAUGAGCAAGGACAUUGCCCCAACAUGGGGGCCACCACAAAGUAGCUCCCCAGCCCAGGCAGGAAGGCUGGGGCACCUGGGGAGGCAGUCGAUCUUCACCUUUGCUGAUAAUAAACUGUUUUGUUUUUUUUUUUUUAA